AUUUUUCUUAGAGUUCCAAGGUUACAUCAACGUGCAAAAAAGUCGUAUAUUAAUAUCGUUAUGAAGUUGCUUCAACUCGCUUGAAUCAUGUUUGCAAUUGUGCAACAUAAUUAGGAAUUUGCCAGUGAAUUAGUAAAAUUCUGAUGUAGAAAUUACAGAAAACCAAUUAUGAGGGUGAUAAGAUUUGGUGUCGCAAAAAAUAGAACUGAGCAAAAUUGUCAAAGAACUUUCUUAAAAAUUGCAAUUACAGGAAAAUAAAAUUGAAAUUCAAACCAUCGGACAUACGCGCUUUCGCUCCAGUUUAUUUUAGUUCAACUCAACCACAGGUCAACUUGGAUCGCAACACUGCUGGAUUGAAAAAACGACAGCUCAUCUCCAUAAUGUUUUUGCUGAACUUUAUUAGUGAACUUUCCUAACUUUAUCUUUUUCGGAAACUUGUAUAUUAUAUUUCUCUCAGGAUUGUAUAAACUUUUAUACCAUGCUACGUCGAAAAUCCAAAAGGCAAUUUGAUAAAUGUGCAGAUGAAGAUCCAGUCAACAUGUGUUCCAUAAGUAACAAGCAAAGUCGAUUGAUAAACCAGAAGGUAACUCACGAGGAAUUAGAAAACCUAGUUUUCGGUGGUAAGCAAUAUCUGGAAUCUCUUGAUGAGGAUGACUUGCAAGAAGAUGAUUUUAUUGAAGAAACUGAAUUACCUGCAUGGGUUGAUGAAGAUGAUUCAAAUGUCUGGGUUGAUGUUUCAUCUAAAAAUCGUUUAAAGAAGUUUAAAGAAGGGGAAAAGGAAAUUAUUUCUGGUGAUGUUUUGAAGAAAAAACUUGAAUCCCAUUUUCAGAAAAUUUAUGGAGUUCCAGAGUGGGCAAAAACUACAACAAAAUGUAAUCCUAAUCAAGAUGACGACGAAGGAAGUGAAAUAUUGCAACAUGCAGGGAAUUUCCUAUCGAAGAAAUCUGAAUACCUUCCAAGAGGUUUAAUUGAUAUUGGAAAAGUUAAAGAUGCAAAUUGUUCAAACAAAUUUGAUGCUGUUGUCAAGUGUUUGGAGUUUCAUCCCAGCUCUAAAAUUCUCCUUGUUGCUGGUUUGAAUAACAAACUAAGUCUAUUUCAGGUUGAUGGAAAGACAAAUAUAUGUCUUCAAAAUAUCCAUGUUAAAGGUUUUCCCAUUCAUUCUGCUCAUUUUAUUGGAAAUAGCGAGCAGAUAAUUCUGGCAUCACAAAGAAAAUUUUUCUAUUAUUACGAUAUGAAUGAGGGUUAUGUUACUAGAAUACCAGAAAUUCGGGGAAAAGAUGAGAAACAUUUUUUUAAUUGUUUUACAUCACCUGACGGAAAAUAUUUGGUAUUUACUGGAAAAAGUGGAUAUAUAUAUUUACUAUCCAGUCAGACAAAGCAAUGGAUAGCUGACUUAAAAAUGAACGGUUCGGUCACUACCAUUUCAUUUUAUGCCGAUGGAACACGUAUGUUGUCAGCGGGAAGUGAUGGUGAGAUAUAUGUGUGGUGCUUGAAAACAAGAAAAUGUCUACACAAGUUCAAAGAUGAAGGGUGUAUAAGGUGUACGUCUCUUGCCGUUUCUCCCUGCGGACAAUAUGUUGCUUGCGGAUCUGAUUCAGGUGUAGUCAAUAUUUAUGAUCAACGUUGUCUUGAGAAGGCAUUUCCAAAACCCAUAAAGACUGUCAUGAAUUUGACGACGAAAAUCUGUCAGCUGAAAUUUAAUUCUACUAGUGAAAUUCUUGGAAUGUCAUCGAAGGAAAUAAAGAAUGCAUUCAGACUUUUGCACGUGCCUUCGUUGACCGUAUUUUCCAACUGGCCUAAUUCAAAAACACCACUUCGAUAUGUGGAAACAUUUGACUUUUCUCCAAAAAGUGGUUAUCUUGUCGUAGGAAAUGACUGUGGGCGAGCAUUGCUUUUUAGGUUAAAUCAUUAUGCUGAUGGAUGAUUCGCAAAGUUGCUGAAAAUAAAAUUUGGAUUGAUCGAUGGAUAAAGUUUAAGAAAUGCAGUGCUCUAGUCAGAAAUCAAAACAUCACCCUGUUUGACAAAAAAUGAAAAACUUAAUAAACCAAUAGAACUUAAACGUCUGAGUGAGCAUACGAAGUCUGAGUAAGCAUACUAGUUUUUAGUUGUCUUGUAAAUAGUUUUUUAGAAACAGACUGAAAAGAACAUAAGAA